AAAACUUGAGCUUGUGUUAGAGUAUCUUUGUUGUUUGACUAGAGGUUAUCUUGAUAUUGCAGCGAAAGAAUUAAAAUGGAACGUUGUUUUCAAGGUUGGGUGGUUUUGUUAGCUAUGCUAGUAUUGGCAAUAAGUAUGCCAUGUUCACAUGCUAUUCGGGUAACCAAAACUAAGACCAGGUCUGGCGUUUAUGUUUCUCCUAAGUUUGUGUUGGCGCCAGGAUCAGUUGCAGACAAAUAUUACUAUGAUAUCCCCUUUCCAAAAGGUCAUAUUGGCCUCAAGAGUUUCAAUGCUGAAGUAAUUGAUGAAGAGGGGAAUCCCAUCCCCCUUCAUGAAACUUAUCUCCAUCACUGGGUUGUUGCUAGAUAUUAUGCCCGGACAGGUUUUGUUGAGCCAGAGGAGACUGGUUUUCAGGAGCUUAAAAAAUCAGAUUUUACUUUCGUGAGAAACACUGGAAUGUGCCAGAAUAAUGUUCUUGGACAGUAUUUUGGACUUGGGUCAGAAACACGAAACACCUCCACUCAUGUUCCAGAUCCCUAUGGAAUAGAAGCUGGGAAUCCUGCAGAGGUUCCUGCUGGGUAUGAGGAGAGAUGGAUGCUCAAUGUGCACGCCAUUGAUACACGGGGUGCAGAAAAUGGUUUGGGGUGCACUGAAUGCAGGUGUGAUCUGUAUAAUGUCUCGACGGAUUCACGUGGUCAGCCUUUGAAGCCAGGUUACAAAGGAGGUUUAUAUUGUUGUUAUGAUGGUGUACAGUGCAGAGUAAAACAGGGCUUUAAUGGUGCCAAGAGAAGCCUAUACUUGAGAUAUACUGUGAAGUGGGUUGAUUGGUCUGAUGCAGUUGUGCCUGUCAAGAUUUAUAUCUUUGAUGUCACU